CUGUUUUCCCCUCAACUGUCCUCUUCACUUCCACCCACCCACUUUUUUACCAACAAAAACUAACUUUAACUCUUCACUUCAAAAUAAUUUUAUUUCGUUUUUCACUUCUCAAUCAUUCAAUCAUAUGUUUUCUUUGUUCUCUUCUUUGCUACUGUUGAACCCUGUUUGUUAGGAUUGAGUUUCUCUAUCCGUAGUUGAACCUAACAGUAAAUUGAAGAAUACCGUUUUGCUUAACUCUUAUUCUUUUUGCAGCUUUUCUUAUGCAUCGCUGAAAUGAAGAUUGUUGAUGUUCUGCAAAUUGAUUAUUGUUAUUAUUAUGCACAUUCUCCAAGUGGUUGAUGUAUGUGGAAAUGAAACUAGUGUCUAUUCUUUUGUUAUUGUUGGCUACCGUUUAUUCUUUUGCGCUUCCUCAGCUUGAUUUACAAGAAGACGCGCUAUAUGCAUUGAAGUUAUCUCUGAAUGCUUCGCCGAGCCAGCUUACAAACUGGAACAAAAAUCAAGUAAACCCUUGUACUUGGUCCAAUGUUUACUGCGACCAGAAUAGCAAUGUUGUUCAAGUUUCACUUGCUUUUAUGGGAUUGACAGGAACCUUGACACCAAGAAUAGGAGCUCUAAAACGUCUUACAACUCUUUCAUUACAAGGGAAUAGCAUCACCGGUGAGAUACCAAAAGAAUUUGGAAAUCUUACAAGCUUGGUGAGAUUGGAUCUGGAAAACAACGUAUUAACCGGCGAAAUACCAUCUUCCCUUGGUAAUCUUAAAAAACUUCAAUUCCUGACACUAAGUCAGAACAAUCUCAAAGGGACUAUUCCAGAAUCACUUAGCAGUCUCCCAAACUUGAUCAAUCUUCUGUUAGAUUCAAAUGAUCUUAGAGGACAGAUUCCUGAGCAGUUAUUCAAUGUUCCUAAGUACAAGUAUGUAUGUUUCACUGGAAAUAAGUUGAAUUGUGGCGUGAGUUAUCAGCAUCUUUGCACAUCUGAUAAUGCAAAUCAAGGUUCAUCACACAAAUCAAAAGUAGGCCUCAUAGUUGGAACAGUUAUCGGUUUGAUUCUUCUUCUUUUACUUGGUAGCCUUUUGUUUUUCUGGUGCAAAGGGUACAAGCGUGAAGUUUUUGAAGAUGUUCCAGGUGAAGUUGAUCGGCGAAUUACAUUAGGUCAAAUAAAAAAGUUUUCCUGGAGAGAACUACAAAUAGCUACAGACAACUUCAGCGAGAAAAAUGUUUUAGGACAGGGAGGCUUUGGAAAGGUUUACAAAGGUGUUUUAGCUGAUGGGACAAAAAUUGCAGUUAAAAGGCUAACUGAUUAUGAAAGUCCCGGGGGUGAUCAAGCUUUCCAGCGGGAAGUUGAGAUGAUAAGCGUAGCUGUCCAUAGGAACCUUUUACGGCUCAUUGGGUUUUGUUCUACUCCAACAGAACGUCUCUUAGUUUAUCCUUUCAUGCAGAACUUAAGUGUCGCUUCUCGACUACGAGAGCUCAAACCCGGGGAAUCCGUUUUGAAUUGGGCUACAAGAAAAGGAGUGGCUCUUGGAACAGCCCGAGGCCUUGAAUAUCUUCAUGAACAAUGCGAUCCUAAAAUUAUUCAUAGGGAUGUAAAGGCGGCAAAUAUAUUACUAGAUGGAGAUUUCGAAGCCGUUGUCGGCGACUUUGGUUUGGCAAAACUGGUUGAUGUUCGAAGGACUAAUGUUACAACUCAGAUUCGUGGGACAAUGGGCCAUAUAGCUCCUGAAUACUUGUCUACGGGAAAGUCUUCAGAAAAAACAGAUGUUUUUAGUUACGGGGUUAUGCUUUUGGAGCUUGUUACAGGUCAACGUGCAAUUGACUUUUCGCGUUUGGAAGAUGAAGAUGACGUGUUAUUGCUUGACCAUGUGAAGAAGCUACAACGGGAGAAAAAACUAGACGCAAUUGUUGACAGCAACCUUAAAAAAGAGUACAACAUAGAAGAGGUUGAAAUGAUAGUACAAGUUGCAUUACUGUGCGCACAAGGUAUGCCGGAGGAUCGUCCGGCAAUGUCAGAGGUUGUAAGAAUGUUGGAGGGAGAAGGGCUGACUGAAAGGUGGGAAGAAUGGCAGCAUGUGGAGGUUAGUCGGAGGCAAGACUCGGAGAGAAUGCAAAGAAGAUUUGCAUGGGGAGAGGAUUCGAUUCAUAACCAAGAAGCCAUUGAGUUGUCGGGUGGAAGAUGAGACGGAACCAUAAAUUUCUGUCGACAUUUUUGAUGUUGUCACAGAUAUCUCAUUUCAACCAAAAUUGCAAUUGUAGCAAUAUUUGUAGCAACAGUAUAGAUACAAAAACGUUUUUGCAACUAGAAAUGAAACAAUUCACGGAUGUUGCAUUGACA